AUGUUUUCCCCCGGCCAGGAGGAGCACUGCGCCCCCAAUAAGGAGCCUGUGAAAUAUGGGGAGCUGGUAGUACUAGGGUACAAUGGUGCUUUACCUAAUGGAGACCGCGGCCGGAGGAAAAGCAGAUUUGCUCUCUAUAAGCGGCCAAAGGCUAAUGGAGUCAAACCCAGCACGGUCCAUGUGAUAUCCACGCCACAAGCGUCCAAGGCUAUCAGCUGCAAAGGUCAACACAGUAUAUCGUAUACUCUGUCAAGGAAUCAGACUGUGGUGGUGGAAUACACACAUGAUAAAGAUACGGAUAUGUUUCAGGUGGGCAGAUCAACAGAAAGCCCUAUCGACUUCGUUGUUACAGACACAAUUUCGGGCAGUCAGAACAAUGAUGAGGCCCAGAUUACACAAAGCACCAUAUCCAGGUUUGCCUGCAGGAUCGUCUGCGACAGGAGCGAACCUUACACAGCACGGAUAUUCGCAGCCGGAUUCGACUCUUCCAAAAACAUAUUUCUUGGAGAAAAGGCAGCAAAAUGGAAAAACCCCGAUGGCCACAUGGACGGGCUCACUACAAAUGGCGUCCUGGUGAUGCAUCCACGAGGGGGCUUCACUGAGGAGUCCCAGCCUGGGGUCUGGCGUGAGAUCUCUGUAUGUGGAGACGUGUACACCUUGCGAGAAACCAGGUCGGCCCAGCAGAGGGGAAAGCUGGUGGAGAGUGAGACCAAUGUCCUGCAGGACGGCUCCCUCAUUGACCUGUGCGGGGCCACCCUUCUCUGGAGAACAGCAGACGGCCUUUUCCAUACUCCAACGCAGAAACACAUCGAGGCGCUCCGGCAGGAGAUUAAUGCCGCCCGGCCGCAGUGUCCCGUGGGGCUCAACACCUUGGCCUUCCCCAGCAUCAACAGGAAGGAGGUGGUGGAGGAGAAGCAGCCCUGGGCAUACCUCAGCUGCGGCCACGUGCACGGGUACCACAACUGGGGCCACCGGAGCGACACAGAGGCCAAUGAGAGAGAGUGUCCCAUGUGCAGGACUGUGGGCCCCUACGUGCCUCUCUGGCUCGGCUGCGAGGCAGGGUUUUAUGUAGACGCAGGACCACCAACUCAUGCUUUCACCCCUUGUGGACACGUGUGCUCAGAAAAGUCUGCGAAAUACUGGUCUCAGAUUCCGUUGCCUCAUGGAACUCACGCAUUUCACGCUGCCUGCCCUUUCUGUGCUACCCAGCUGGUUGGGGAACAGAACUGCAUCAAAUUAAUUUUCCAAGGUCCAGUUGACUGA